AAGGAGCACUUCAUCUUUGCGGGGGGGGGGGGGGAGUUGCGCUCUCUUGUACCUGGGACAUCAUGUAUGUAUGUGUUUGCAGUAGAAGCAGCCGUGAGGAGGUCUAGAGAGAGAGAGAGAGAGGGGCAGAGACACUUGGCACACAAGAAUGCAAAGCUCAGCUUUCUCCCAGCCCCCCGUUCAGUGCCUCUGCUCCAUUCAUUCGUAGUGCCAUGCUGUCUUGCACUCUGGGGAGGCCUACUAAACAUUGCUCCCUUCUUCCUCAGAAUGCAUCUGCCGCCAGUGGAAUACAGUUCACCCGGGCAGCAGUUAAAGAUGGGUGCUGUGUGGUGGAGCCUUGUGCACUGGAGGAGGACCUCCAGUUUCAGGGGAUGAGAGCCCCAGGAAAGCUUGAGCCAUUCAGCUUAGCUAUGCUCUGUUCUGGGGAAAAAGACCAGAGAGCAAAAAGAGGCCCUGCCGCAGAGGGAGCCUCCCUAUCCAGAGGCAGCCUACCUCUAGUCACCAGAGGGGGGCUGCCAACCUACCCAGAGACCCCUACCAGGCUAGGGAGAGCGCCCAGGAGGCCUGCCUUGAACCUUGGCCUCCGGGCGCCCAUGCACAUCGUCGGAGGAACCCGGUUUGGGCCAAUGGCGACGGAGGUACCACUUUGCGUCACAGAGGGCAGGGCGCCUGUCGAUUACGUCAUGAAGCAACAGGAAGUGUGUUUCCAGUGCCGCCUGGCAGGGCUUCUUAAAACUUAUGGCUGCCUGAAAGGAUGAAGAUCAACACAGAAAGCAGUGAGUCUGAGGAUGAAACUGAUGAAGAUGAGGAGGAGGAGGAGGAGGAGGAGGAGGAAGACGAAGAAGGGGAUCUGUCAGAUGAGUCUGCAAACGAAUGCCUGAAGAGACUGACGGCAGGAAGCAAGGUGUCUCCGAAGAAGAGCUCCCAGGAUGAGCCCCGAGCCCCGAGCCGUGGGCGCAAAGGCAAAGGGCGAGCAGCGCGCAGGAAGAGUGGCCAGCUGAUCGACCUGGAGGAGCCAACCACAGAAGAGUGUGAGUCAGAAGAGAUCCGGAAGAGGAGGAGGAGGAAGAAGAAGAAGCAGCAGCAGCAGCACAGGCUGCUGUCCAUUAAUCUAACCAGCUGCAAGUACGAGAGUGUGAGACGUGCUGCUCGGUGCUGUGGCCUGAAGGAAGUGGGGGAGGAUGAGGAGUGGACCGUUUACUGGACUGACUGCUCGGUCUCGCUGGAGCGUGUCAUGGAGAUGAAGAGGUUUCAGAAAAUCAACCACUUCCCAGGCAUGGCGGAGAUCUGCCGCAAGGACCUCUUGGCCCGCAACCUCAACCGCAUGCUCAAGCUCUUCCCCAAGGAGUACAGCAUCUUCCCCCGCACUUGGUGCUUGCCGGCCGACUAUGGGGACUUCCAGGCUUAUGGGCGCAUGAGGAAGAACAAGACGUACAUCUGCAAGCCCGACAGUGGCUGCCAGGGACGGGGCAUCUUCAUUACACGCAACCCCAAGGAGAUCAAGCACGGCGAGCACAUGAUCUGCCAGCAGUACGUCACCAAGCCCUUCCUCAUUGAUGGCUUUAAGUUCGACAUGCGCAUCUACGUCUUGGUCACCUCCUGCGACCCGCUGCGGAUUUUUGUCUAUGAGGAGGGGCUGGCCCGCUUUGCCACCAUGAGGUACAUCGAGCCCAGCAGCAACAACUUGGAGGACAUCUGCAUGCACCUGACCAACUACGCCAUCAACAAGCAUAAUGAGAACUUUGUCCGUGACGACAACACGGGCAGUAAGAGGAAGCUCUCCACGCUGAACGUCUGGCUGCGGGAGCACAACUACGACACAGCCGAGCUCUGGCGGGACAUUGAGGACAUCAUCAUCAAGACCCUGAUUGCCGCGCACCCCGUCCUGAGGCACAACUACCGCACCUGCUUCCCCAACCACAUCUCCGGCUGUGCCUGCUUCGAGAUCCUGGGCUUUGAUAUCCUUUUGGACCGGAAGCUCAAGCCUUUGCUUUUGGAGGUCAACCACUCCCCCAGCUUCACCACUGACUCGCGGCUGGACCGGGAGGUGAAGGACGCCCUGCUCUCUGAUGCCAUCAACCUCAUCAACUUGCGGGCCUGUGACAAGAAGAAGGUGCUGGAGGAGGACAAGAGGCGGGUGAAGGCGCGUCUUCUUCAGACCCACCAGCCGCCACGAGAGGCCAGGCGGGAGCAGUUGGAGAGCAGCCAGGCUGCCUGGCUGGCCCAGGCAGAGAAGUACGAGAACAGCCACCUGGGUGGCUACCGGCGCAUCUUCCCGGCACGCGGCACAGAGAAGUACACGCCCUUCUUCAAGCACAGUGGCUCCCUCUUCCAGGAGACGGUGGCCUCCAAGGCCAGAGAAGAGUGUGCCAGGCAACAGCUGGAGGAGAUCCGCCAGAAGCAGGAGCAGAGGGAGAACACCGCUGGGAAGAAGAAGAGGGAUGUGAAGGAGAACCUGCAGGGCGAGUCAGCAGGGGAGAAGGGCAAGGGCAGGGCUGGCUUCACCCGCUUGGCAUACAGCCACAGCAGGACCUGGAAUCCCAAGAUGUCCUCCCUGGUGUACGACAGCAUGACUCCCCAAGCGAUCGUGGAGGAAGAGGAGGUGGAGAGGGUCAAAGCCCUCCUGCGGCGAGAGAACCUCAUCCGGGGACUGGGCAUUGUGGACCAGCUGACCCGCCUGCUCCACGGCACGGAGCCCAGGCCCACGGAGACAGAGCGGCCCCACAUCAACAUCUCCGAAAGCCAGCCCCACUUGCUUCAGGAGAUGUUUGGAACCCGAGAGCACCACAGCCUGAUGACCCUCGUCCCCCUCACCCUCUUUGGGGGCUCUGUCCAGGAAAUUGGGCAGCAGAUCAUGCAGCAGCCCACGGCCAGGGUCCGGCUGCUUGGCAGCCAAGGCUUCAUCCCCACCAUCCUGGGGGCCCUCUCGGGCCUGGGCCCCUCCCAGGAGGUCUCCUACUCCUCGCACUUCAAGCCGCAGCUCCACACGCAGCCCCCCAAGAACAUGAGCUGGCUGGGCACAGCCAUGGUGGGCGAGCCCUGCACCCUGGCCCGGGUGCUGAAGGCCGGCGGCCGGCGGUUUGCCAGCGCCAAGGACAAGAUGGAAGGCAGCAGCCCCGCUGGCAAGAGGCCCCUGUACAUGGGCUCCGGCUCCCUGAGCUGCCUGUCUCACACUGGGAAAGCGCCCGGCCAUGUCUUUAGCCACUUCCCCUUCCCCUCCGGGGCAGCCCCCCUCAGCCGCACUGACGGGCCCGGACUGGGCAUCAGCUCUGCCUCAGCCCCUCUCAUCCGGCGCACCAGUCCACACCGCUCCGGCCACGUGGCUGCGCUGCCCUUCAGCCCGCCCAGCCUUUUCCUCCCACAGGAAGGGGACCUGAACUCCCAGUGGAACAGCUGUCCUCGGAGCACGAAGAGCUGGGGCGCCCCCCGUGUGGAGGCCUGUGCCAAGGGGGGGGCGGCCCAGCAGUCUGCUUGAGGAGCCUGGCGGCCGGGCCUUGGAUGCCCCCCGAACCCCGCAGCCAGAUGCCCAGCUGGAGGCCGCAGUGGGCCCUCAGAGCAGCGCUGGGCACCUUGGGCUGUGCCCCCCCCCCGCCCGCACCCCAGCAUCCCCACUGCAGAUGCCAGUCAGCCUGCCAAAGCGCUCUGGGCUGGGAAGAGGGUUUCUUUUGUAGCUGACUUUGUAUUAAAGUUUUAUACAGUUCUA